AUGCGCUUCAUCGCAAAAGAGUGUGUAACACAGCUGUGUGACUCUCCCGGAGAGGAGAACCUGCUCAUGCAUGUGCCUGAAGGAGUCAAAUCCCAAUGGCACCACAUCGAGAAUCUGGACCUGUUUUUCCAGAGAGUUUAUAAACUCCACCAGAAAAAUGGUUUCACUUGUAUGCUGCUGGGAGAGCUUUUUGAGCUCAUUCAGUUGCUGUUUGUGGUGGGAUUUACCUUGUUUCUUGCCAACUGUGUGGACUAUGACAUUCUCUUUGCCAACAAGUUUGUAAAUCACACCAAUUCUUCUAAAGUGACGCUGCCUGAUGCUUUUAUCCCAGUGGAUGUCUGCACCGCACGAAUAAGGGACAAUGCAUUUGUGAUGUUUGUUCUUCUAAUCUCUGGAGUAUUCUGGUUGCAUCGUAUGGUGAAAUUUUUUUAUAAUGUAUGCUGCUACUGGGAGAUUCGGUCUUUUUAUAGAAACGCCCUCAAAAUGAGCAUGUCAGAACUUCCUUAUGCAACGUGGCAAGAGGUCCAAGCUCGAAUAGUUGAGAUUCAAAAGGAACAUCAGAUCUGCAUUCACAAGAAAGAAUUAUCGGAGCUGGAUGUGUACCACCGUAUUUUACGCUUCAAAAAUUAUAUGGUAGCAAUGGUGAACAAGUCACUUCUUCCAGUAAAAUUUCCUCUUCCAGUCCUCGGGGAGUAUGUGUUCUACACCAGAGGACUCAAGUACAACUUUGAGCUCAUAUUCUUUUGGGGACCAGGUUCUCUGUUUGAGAAUGAGUGGAGCCUGAAGCCUGAGUACAAGAGAGGAGUAAACAGACAUGACCUAGCCAACAAGCUAGCAUCUCGCAUCCUGUGGAUUGGCAUCGCUAAUCUAUUCCUCUGCCCUGUCAUCCUGGUGUGGCAGAUCCUCUAUGCUUUCUUCAGCUACGCAGAGGUGAUCAAACGGGAGCCCGGAUCUCUGGGGGCCCGCUGCUGGUCUCUGUACGGACGAUGUUAUCUGAGACACUUCAAUGAGCUAGACCAUGAGCUCAUGUCCCGCCUCAGUAAAGGCUACAAGGCUGCUUCCAAAUACAUGAACUGUUUCCUGUCACCAUUAUUGACGGUUCUGGCUAAAAACGUGGCGUUCUUCGCUGGAUCUAUGCUGGCCGUGCUCAUUGCCUUCACCAUCUAUGACGAGGAUGUUCUGGCGGUGGAGCACGUCCUCUCCUCCAUCACGCUGCUGGGGGUGUGCAUCACCAUCUGCAGGUCGUUCAUUCCUGAUGAGCACAUGGUGUUCUGUCCGGAGCAGUUGCUGAGGGUGAUUCUGGCUCACAUUCAUUACAUGCCGGACCACUGGCAGGGCAACGCACACCGCUCGGAGACGCGCAACCAGUUCUCACAGCUCUUCCAGUAUAAAGCGGUGCUGAUCCUGGAGGAGCUGCUCAGUCCAGUAGUGACUCCCAUCAUCCUGAUCUUCUGCCUGAGGAGGAAGUCCCUGGAGAUCAUCGACUUCUUCAGAAACUUCACGGUGGAGGUUGUGGGAGUGGGGGACACCUGCUCCUUUGCUCAGAUGGACAUUCGACAGCACGGACAUCCUGCGUGGAUGUCUGAAGGGAAGACCGAGGCAUCCAUCUACCAGCAGGCGGAGGACGGGAAGACAGAGCUCUCUCUAAUGCACUUUGCCAUCACCAACCCGCACUGGCAGCCCCCACAAGAGACCACCCACUUCCUCAGCCAGCUCAAAGAACGGGUCCACAGAGAAGUGGCUGCGGGAGACACACACCACUACUCACUGUCCGAGUCUGAGCCCAGGAGCCUGAUUGCGAACCUCCUGACCGGACCAUCCACACUAGGCUCAGUUCACUUCGCCCGGGACGCGUCUCUUGCAAACCACGCAGCUGCCGGCCUCAACGACAGCGCCUCUGCUCUGCGCUCGCUGUCCCCGGUCAGCGGCAGUCUGAGUGCUGUCCACAAAGGCCACGCUUCAUCUGUGAGCAAGGCCAUGGCAGGCUCUGGAACUGAUGCCCGCACAGUGAGCUCUGGCAGCAGCGCAUGGGAGGGACAGCUCACUAGUUUGGUCUUAUCCGAAUAUGCCUCGACAGAGAUGAGUCUUCAUGCUCUUUACAUCCAUGAGUUUCACAAGCAGCAGUCCCGUGGAGAGCUGCCCCGUCACACAUGGCACAGACAGGACAGUGAUGAGAGCAGCGAAAGUAUCCCAGACGAGGUGAGGAGUGAGCCCCCGCCACGCUCCAGGACACUCCCCCGAUCUUACACCUUCCCCACGGCCGCCCCAAGCCCCAGCGAGAUCCCCAAGUCUGCUUCUGAUACCAGCACCAACACCACAGGCCAGGAAGGGACAAAGUCUGCUGCUGACAGGCGACCAGAUAUUUUAGGUGGAGGGUCAAAGUUUGUUAGGACUGCGCGUGUUCCCAUGGGAGGAUGGGCAGACAACAAUGCGGCUGCUCCCAGGUACCCAGAGCCCCUCCCAGAGGAGAGCUCAGAUGAUGACUUGCCCCCUCACAUACAUAAGGUGACGUAA